UAUCCAACAGGUGUUCUGCGUCCUCAGAUUGUCGGGAUCCUGAUGGACCUGGACGACAUGAAGGUCCAGUACGAGCGGCUGGUCUCAGAUCUGCUUCGCUGGAUCAAAACCAAGGUUUUGCAGCUGAACGACCGGAGUUUCCCGAACUCUGUGAAGGAGACGCAGAAGCUGAUGACGGCGUUCAAGACCUACAGAACUGUGGAGAAACCUCCCAAAUAUCAGGAGCGGGGGGCGAUUGAAGCUCACCUGUUCAGUCUGAAGACUCAGCUGGCAGCCAACAACCAGUGGGCUUACAAUCCUCCAGAGG